CUCAGUAGAGUUUCAGCUUUUGCACCAAAAGUGACAGCCUCCCAGCAGAGCAAUGGCUCUCACGGUGAUUUUCCUGACUCCCUCCAUCUCUUGUGGGCUGAUUCUCAUCUCAAUCUUUGGUGAGUACCUAAGAUAGUAGCAUACAUAAAUGACCUUUUUUUUGACACCUGGGAACAUUUAACCAACACCAACCCGACAAAAACGAAACUGAGGAACCUGUUCCCACCGCAUUCCUAACUUUCUGGAGAGAAAGGCUGUAGACCUAUACCCACAUGCCUGGGUGCAAGUCCCAUUGAACUCACAGAAACUUACUUCUGAGUAGACCUAUCUCCACUUUCGGUUACAACUCCCCCACCCCAAUUUUCUUUAUUUUAGCAGCAUAAGUGUGGGAGGGCGGGGAGUCUUUUAGUUGUCACCAUCGUUAAACAACUCAAAGUCGGAAGUCCUCGAAGAUCUACUUCAUUUUAUUUUUAAAAAUAUAUAUAUCUUUAUUAAUUGAAAAUAAAUACAUUUAUGAGAAAACAGAUGUACAUACAAGUAAACAAACAUACAAUCAAACAAACAAAUAACAGAAAAAUCAAACAAACCACCACACUGUAAGAUACAAGAAGUUCAAUAUAAUUAUCAUCAUAUAUACUCCUGAUACUGAACACAAUUAUAAAACUUAUAGAGAAGAAAUUAAAAACUGAUUUCCAAUUAAUCUCGCUGUACUUUAUCUAUCCAUUACUUUAUACCGCACAGUUACAUAUUUCUUAUGUAAUUUCUUUUUACCUCCCUACGAACUUAUAUUUAUACAAUACAGGGAUCAGUCUAAUUCUGCCAAUAUGUUUCUUUUUAUUCCAUAGAUUUCUAAAUAUUCUUUAAAGAUUCCCCAAUCCUUAUAGACUUUAUGUUUUGGUUGGCCUCUUACUCUUCCUGUUGCUUUCGCUAGCUGCAGAUAAUCUACCAUUAGGAUUUGCCAAUCUUCCGUGUUGGGUACUGUAUUGUGUUUUUCCAAUUUCUUGCUCCUAAAAUUCUGGCCGCCGUUAUUCCGUACAUGAACAAUGUUCUUUUCUCACAGUCCUCGCUGAUCUACUUCAAUCUAGUUCAAAAAGUCCUUGCAGAUCUACUUCAAUUCACCCAGAGAUUUGCCCACAAUCUACCUUCUGCCCAGUCCUAGCAUGCAUGACUGCUGCAAUCGUAACCACACUUAUCAGAGACCAUUAUGCCCUGAACUAACCGGGAGACUCAGGAAUCAAGAAGAUAAAGACUUUAAAAAAAGAAUGGGGAAAUUUUUAUAAUUUAUUUAGGAGACCAUUGUAAACAAAUUAAAACUUUAGCUGGACUAUUAAGAUUCACUUGUAAAGUAACGAAAAUUAUAGAUAAUUCAUGAGUACAAAAACUAUGGAAAAUGGACUGAUAUGUAGCUGUAAAUAUUGGUAUAAGGACUCCUGUAGGGGACAAGAGGAAGUCUGGAGAUUCAGAGAACCUCAAAGAAUGGUUAUUUAAGUAAUUUUGCUAUAAAUUUCUAUUUGUAAAAACCAAUAAAAAAUAUUUCAUAUAAAAAAGAGACCAUUGUGUCCUGAAAAGCACAGGACUUGCUUCCUAUCACUAACCAUGCAUAGGGCUUCAAGUCUCUGAGAAUGGGCAGGGCGAUGCCUGUACAGAUUGUAAAUGUGUCUGAAUAUCUUUGCGUCACAGCUAAUCUACAGGAACCACGUCAAUUCUAAAAGUAAACCAUCUAAAGCCGUUUAUGGUUAGUUUACUAGGUACAUCAGAGGUGGGGAACCAUGGGCCAAGGCGUCCAACACAGUCCUGCAGGCAUAUCUAUCUGGUCACUGGGAUAGUUGCUUGGCAAUAUCAUCUCCCCAAGCCAGAUCACUCACUGGUACUGCGAUUUUUGCCUGGCUGGAACAUGUCCCUCAGCUGGGACGGUGCCUUGUGCUUGCAUGUGUGUGCAAACCUCUGGAUUUUGCAGGUGUGAAGAACCUUUGGCCUCUGGAUGUUGCUGAAAGACAACUCCCUUCACUGCUGGCCAUUGGCUUUAUUUGCUGGGGCUGAUGGGAGUUGUAGUUCGGCACAUCUGGGGAGCCAGAGGUUUUUUCAUCCCUCUGCUGCAGGGAUAGGGUGAGUGGAGCAAGCAACCUGAAAGUGUGUUUAGCAGUUUCUUGAUACAGGAAGUACAAAAAAACAACAACAACCCAACCAGAGAUAUGAAGAUGCUAACAAUCCUGUGCCCCUAUUAUUAUUAUUAUUAUUAUUAUUAUUAUUAUUAUUAGUCUUACAGGAAAAAGCAAGGGAUGAGAUAGCCAAAAACAGCUUUAUCAUGUAUAAUGAGAAAAGAAUGCAAACUUACCAAACUUAAAACCAUGGAUAGAACUGGUCUGAAUAGAGACAUUGGAUUCUCAUUGCAUUAGACAUGAUAAAGCUAUUUUUGGCAAUUUCAUCCCUUGCUUUUCCUGUAAGACCAAUUGCAGUCAUUAAUAGUCAUCAACUGGUUUACCACACCUAUCUACCAAUCACCCAUUCCCACCACCCUUCUGAGUAAUAACCCUUCCCAUCCUCUCACUUUAUAUAAGGGUCUGGUGACUUCUGUUUCAGUGUAUCUGAAGAAGUGUGCAUGCACAUGAAAGCUCAUACCAAUAACAAACUUAGUUGGUCUCUAAGGUGCUACUGGAAGGAUUCUUUUUAUUUAGUUUCGACUACGGCAGACCAACACAGCUACCUACCUAUAUCUAGUAUUUAUUAGUGCGCAGGUUGCAAAAUUUGCCUUGGCUACAAUUAAGUUGAGAGCUAGGCACCAAGGCAAAUAUCAUAAGGGGGGAGUGUGAGAUGUGGAGUGUUUAACUUAUGCAGGUGUGAUUUUGGCAUUUUUGUAUGUUUGCUUUGCUUUGCUGUUGUUGUUGUUCAGUUUUAAAUCAAUCAUUUGUAUUCUAUGCAUUGUGACCAAUUGUGACGGCUUAUAGCAUUUAACGAGGGACGCGGGUGGUGCUGUGGUCGAAACCACAGAGCCUAGGGCUUGCCGAUCAGAAGGUCGGCGGUUUCAAUCCCUGCGGCAGGGUGAGCUCCUGUUGUUUGGUCCUUGCUCCUGCCAACCUAGCAGUUCAAAAGCACGUCAAAGUGCAAGUAGAUAAAUAGGUACCGCUCCGGUGGGAAAGUAAACGGCGUUUCCGUGCGCUGCUCUGGUUCACCAGAAGCGGCUUAGUCAUGCUGGCCACAUGACCCGGAAGCUGUCUGUGGACAAACGCCGGCUCCCUCGGCCUAUAGAGCGAGAUGAGUACCGCAACCCCAGAGUCGUCCGCGACUGGACCUAAUGGUCAGGGGUACCUUUACCUUUAUAGCUUUUAACAAUAAAUAUAUCAUUCAUUCAUUCAUUCAUUCUGCACUAAAACACCCAAUCAUUCCUAACCUGUGACUAUGUUGCCUGCAGUGGAUGGAGGUUGGAAUCCCAACAACAUUGGGGGGAGGCACAACUUCCUCUGUAGUAAUCCAAGAGAUGAAAUGAUCAAACUGGUGAGAUGCUUCUUUCGUUUCCCCUGCAGGCUGUGGGGAGUGUGUGGAGGUGACUGUACCACAAGAUCCAGUCAUGCAGCGGAGAGGUUCGAGUGUGGAGCUGCCAUGUCAUUACAAAACGUCUGUCGACAAAAACUUUGUGCUUGAAUGGAGGUUUGCCCCCGGCUCAACUCCUCCAGACCAAGGGAAACAGGUGAAGGGGUUGGGGGCCGUGGUGUGACUCAUAACAAAAGUUGCGUAAGGAGAAUGUGUUGAUCUCAACCAACUGAACCUCGGAGUUAAAAAAAAAUGGAGGGGGAAGAGGACAUUCUGCUUAAACUAUGGGCUUCCUAUUGUCCUACUGCUUUCUUCCAGGGAAAAUCACUCUUUAGUGCUCAAUCGGAGCAAAUAUCAAUUUGGGUUUUCUCCUGAUUGCCAUUUGCUCUGAUUUAGCACUAAAGGGAGGGUUUUCCCAGAGGAGGGAGAUAGGCAAAAAGCAAACUGUGCCUUGGAACCGUGCCUACAAAUUGGAGGUCAAGCAGAAAACUGUGGAUGAACCCUUUGUCUGAAAUUUGUUGAGGUUGCAACCUUACACACUCUAGGGAGUAAGGCCCGCUGACAACAGUGGGACUAACUUCUGAGUACACAUUCACAGGGUUAAGACUGUAAAGAACUAGAGCUAUAAACAGAAACUGCUAAAAUUACCCAGCUCCCAAAAGGUUUGCCUGGAUAAGAUUCAAGAGAUUUCUCAGAUGCCUAAGUUCAGAGUCAGGCUCUUCUCAACAGGAAGACAAGCUGCAUUCAGCAGAUGAGAUGGGAAGUUCUAGCAUUGGAGUCAGUCUCUAACUCCAAGAGGUGGUUCUCUGGGCAAACUUCUAGAGUAGCAACAGCGUUUUCACAGCAGGUGUAAUGAUGUGAUCUGCUAGAGCUGUAUUUAUUUGUGAGCUGUUGUAAGUUUCAGGAUGGUGGUGGUGAUAGGUUAAAAAAAAAAGGUAAAGGACCCCUGAACGGUUAAGUCCAGUCUAAGACAACUAUGGGGUUGCGGCGCUCAUCUCGCUUUCAGGCUGAGGGAGCCAGAGUUUGUCCACAGACAGCUUUCUGGGACAUGUGGCCAGCAUGACUAAACCACUUCUGGUGCAACAGAACACUGUGACGGAAACCAGAGUGCACGGAAACACCUUCCUGCCGCAGUAGUACCUAUUUAUCUGCUUGCACUGGUGUGCUUUCGAACUGCUAGGUUGGCAGGAGCUGGGACAGAGCAACAGGAGCUCACCCUGUCGCAGGGAUUCAAAGCACUGAUCUUCCAAUAGGCAAGCCCAAGAGGCUCAGUGGUUUAGACCACAGCACCACCCACGUCCCAGUGGUGAUAGAGGGCCAGUGUAGCCUUGGCUGGUACAUGAUCCAUCCCUUUGGAAGGAUAGGCAGAGGCAUCAACUGGUCCAAGGUCACCCAGUGCCCCUCAUGACUGAUCAGGGAUUUGACCACAGGUGUCCCCAGCUGAAGUCCAACACGCUAACCAUGACUCUGCCCUUUGUUAGCUCACUAUUUUAGAAGCAUCACAUGAUCGUUAUAGAACGGGUAUUAGGUUGUGUAGUGAUGCUCUUUGGGGUUAUAUCCAGGGCUUGUUCACACAUUACAUUGAAUGCAAACAUAAGCUGUCCCUACGUGUGAAAGUAUCUACACUAGUUUGUUUCUACAGCUCGGCUAUUGUGUAUGCAGGUAGACACAACUGUACUCUCAUUGAAUGCAUACAGCUUUAAACAGUCAUGGCAUUCCCCCAAAGGAUUCUGGGAGCUGUAGUCUGUUAGGGGUGUUGGGAGUUGCUAGGGGCUCCUUAUUUUCCAAGUGGUUGAACAACUACUACUACUACUACUACUACUACUACUACUUAUUUAUACCCUGCCCAUCUGGCUGGGUUUCCCCAUCGCUCUGGGCAGCUCCCAACAGGAUAUUAAAAACACAAUAAAACAUCAAACAUUAAAAACUUCCCUAAACAGACCUGCCUUCAUAUGUCUUCAGAUAGUUGUUUAUUUCCUUGACAUCUGAUGGGAGGGCAUUCCACAGGGUGGGCACCACUACCAAGAAGGCCCUCUGCCUGGUUCCCUGUAACUUCACUUCUCACAGUAAUAAUAAUAAUAAUAAUAAUAAUAAUAGUAAUAAUUUACUAUUUAUACGCCGCUUAUCUGGUUGGGUUUCCCCAGCCACUCUGGGCGGCUUCCAAAAAAAAUAUUAAAAUACUGUACUACAUCAAACAUUAAAAGCUUCCCUAAACAGGGCUGCCUUCAGAUGUCUUCUAAAAGUCUGGUAGUUGUUGUUCUCUUUGACAUCUGGUGGGAGGGCAUUCCACAGGGAGGGCGCCACUACCACAGGGAGGGAACCACUAGAAGGCUCUUGAAGCUGGACCUCAGUGUCCGGGCUGAACGAUGUGGGUGGAGACUCUCCUCCAGGUAUACUGGGCCAAGGCCAUUUAGGGCUUUCAAGGUCAGCACCAACACUUUGAAUUGUGCUCGGAAACGUACUGGGAGCCAAUGUAGGUCUUUCAGGUCUGGUGUUAUAUGGUCUUGGCGGCCACUCCCAGUCAGCAGUCAAGAUGCCACAUUCUGGAUUAGUUGUAGUUUCCAGGUCACUAAAUCCGUCCUCACAGGGAACUCUGGGGAUUGUAGCUCUGGGAGGGGUAUCAGGGUCUCCUAGCAACUUUCAGAACCCUUAGCAAAUGACGGUUCCCAACAUUCUUUAGGGUGCCACAACUGUUUUACUGGUAUAAGAAAUGUCUGUUAGGAUAUUUCCGUUCCACCUUAAAAGGGAGCAGGCUUUGUGAGUCUGCGUAUUUCCUGUUCACAGGAUGUUUAUGUUUGCUAUUGCUUUCAUUUCUCUCUCUGUGUCGUAGACACUAAAGCAGGCAGUCAUGUUUUUCUGUGUUCUGAUCAACGCUGAAUAAACUUGUAAAUAACGCUCUCCUGAGUGUGACUUUGGCUGUGCAUUAUCUGCUGAUAGAGUGUGCAUGAGCUCUGGAAUGUGGCAAGAUAUUUUCUAGAAACUCAUGUCGCUAAUUGCUGAUACUGCGUGCCUAUGGGAGAUCGAUGGAUCGUCCGGCAGACAGCUUGGGGGCCAUGAUGGACUUUAUCUCCCUGGCAGUAUCCCAAUAAUGUCUGGCGCAGAUGUGGCCUAGGCCAUAAUCUGACCUAGCUGCCUAUGCAUAAUAUCCACUAUAUGUAUCUACUUGAAGUUAGUCCCAUUGAUCUUGAUGGUGUCUUUCCUUCAAGUAACCUCAUGGGUUUAUCAACGGAUUAGGGAUACACCCAGGUAACUCUGAAGAGGUGCCUGUAUCCAGUGGAGCCUCCCUUCUCUCUACAGAUUCUCUACUUCACAAAUAAUAAGCUGUACAAACCAGGCUCCCAGAGUGAACGCCUAAGCCUCCUUCAAGAUCUUCCCACGUUGGGUGAUGCUUCCAUCCAGCUGACUGACUUGCACGCAUCCGAUGCCGGCACCUAUAUCUGCGAGGUGAACAAUCCCCCGGACUUCUAUGGAACUAGCGUUGGGCUCGUCCAGCUCACAGUUUUAAGUAAGUCCCAUUUCCCUUUUAACAUUGAUGAAAUAUACUCAGAGUUGAGAGUGGAUUUCAUGCUCUUUAUUCAGCUCAUAGUGGUGAGGAGGAAUGAAAGUUCCCCCAGAAUGUCUGCUUUAUAUACAUUAUUUACACAAUGGGCCCCACGUGAUUGGCUAAUUCUGGGAUUCUCCUGUAGGCCAAUCAGGUUGCGGAUUCGCUUCCACCUGGAGCUGGAUUGGGUGGCUCCUGUGGACCAAUCAGACUGCUGCAUUCUGGGUCCUAUUGUUCUAGGACCAGUCAGACUGCUGCAUUCUGAAUCCUAUUGUUCUAGGACCAAUCAGACUGCUGCAUUUUGGAUCCUAUUCAACUCAGUACAUAACAAUUGAAUAGAAGAGAUGCAGUCCUGCACAGCGGCGUAGCGUGGGUUGUCAGCACCCGGGGCAAGGCAAGUAAUUUGCGCCCCCUAACCCCUAACCUGCCGCCGCUGCCAGCUUCUUCUUGCUGCUGCCUGGGCUGGUCUGGUGUGGUUCUCUCCCGCGCUCAGCGCUGCGCUGGGCAGCCGCUGCACUGUCCCUCCCCCAGAUAGUCCCUCGCUCUCUCUCCGCACUGCAGGCCUGGCACCCACCCCCUCCACGGUGGGCGGCGACCCAGCGGCUCGGAUUGGAUUCGCACAGCCAGCACUGCAGUGAGAGAGAGUGAGUGAGCCAGGUAGGGGCAGAGAGCUGCGAGUGCGAGCGCGCGCCCCCAGAUGUUGCGCCCGGUGCGGCCGGCCCCCCCUGCACCCCCCACGCUACGCCACUGGUCCUGCAGCCAGGCUGAAAGCAGGCCAAACAUUUUGUCUCCAUUUCCUCAGAGGGCAGGGUGGAGAAUGGGUUUAAGUUGGGUUUAAGUUAACCCACUCGGUUGAAUGGGUUUAAGUUGCAGGCAGGGAGAACUUGGUUAUGUAUAAGGAGAAAUGUAUUCAGUUUAAGAGCAGUUCGCCAAGGGAACCAGUUACCUAGAAGGACGACGGUUCUUAAUCUCCAGAGGACAUCUUCAAGCAGAAUCUGGACAAACAUCUGUUGGGCAUGCUCUCGCCCUUGGACUUCAUGAAGUUAGCAGGGAAUUGUACCAGACAGAUGACAAGCCCCCUUUCAGAUCUAUGACUCUAUGGCUGCUUAGACACCAUACAUUUAAAGCACAUUCUCUCCCCGCCCCCGAACCAUGGAAACACCCCCUCAGAGUGUGUUGGGUUUCCAUGGGAAGGGGUACAUCUGAAAGCCCCCAGUCCCUUUCUCCCUGCGUGCAAAUAGCCAAGAACGCACGAUUGUUCAGUUUAACAUUUAUUGCAGUGAUACAUCACAUGCUUUCCCCUACUGUUUAAAGUGGUAUGAUCCUGCUUUAAAUGUAUAGUGCGGGUGGGGGCCCAGGAGCAUGCCUUCAAGGGGGCUUUGUCCGUUUUGAACCACUUCCUUUUUUAUAUAAUAUUUUUAUUAAAUUUUCAGCAAAAAUAACCAAAGUAAAAGACACACAAUAACAAAUACAAUAACAACCACAAACAAAGAAAAAUAUACACAAAAACAAUGUCAAAUCCAUAAAAUAGGAUUAUUUAUCCAAAUUAUUGUUGUUGUUGUUUAGUCAUUUAGUCGUGUCCGACUCUUCGUGACCCCAUGGACCAGAGCACGCCAGGCACUCCUGUCUUCCACUGCCUCUUGCAGUUUGGUUAGACUCAUGUUUGUAGCUUCAAGAACACUGUCCAACCAUCUCAUCCUCUGUCUCCCCCUUCUCCUUGUGCCCUCAAUCUUUCCCAACAUCAGGGUCUUUUCCAGGGAGUCUUCUCUUCAAAGAAUUGGAGCCUCAGCUUCACGAUCUGUCCUUCCAGUGAGCACUCAGGGCUGAUUUCCUUAAGGAUGGAUAGGUUUGAUCUUCUUGCAGUCCAUGGGACUCUCAAGAGUCUCCUCCAGCACCAGAAUUCAAAAGCAUCAAUUCUUCGGCGAUCAGCCUUCUUUAUGGUCCAGCUCUCACUUCCAUACAUCACUACUGGGAAAACCAUAGCUUUAACUAUACGGACCUUUGUUGGCAUUUAUUAUUAUUAUUAUUAUUAUUAUUAUAGCUCAAAUUUCCUGUCCUAUUUCUAAAAUUACAAGUGUUCUUAAAAUCCUGCCAAUGUAUUAAUUAACCUGUUUACAAUACUUUUGCAUAUACAAAAUAAACAUUUCCUAUUCUUUUUUAAAUUUCUCGUCCUCUUGAUUUCUGAGCUUUCCAGGUGGUUUCGCCAUUUCAGCAUAGUCCAUUAACUUGGUUUGCCAAUUUUCUUUAGUUGGGACUGCUUCCUCUUUAUGACUUAUGUCUGAUAUAUCUCUGUAAAAUUUAAAUUUGAAAAACCAAAUAAAUAAACUUAAAGGCAAACUCUACAAUUCUAUGAUUCUAUGUGUCCUGGCACUGAAUUAUCUCCCCCCCUCCUCCAACAGUGCCCCCAUCUACUCCAGUGUGCAAAGGGACCACCUCUGCUUCUGUGGGUUCGGACGCCCGCCUGACCUGCAAUUCUUCCGAAGGUGUGCCUUCACCAACCUAUUCCUGGACACGGCUGGAUACCAAGACUCCGCUACCUCUGUCCAAUAUGGUGCAGGGUAAGUGAAUAACUGCUCUCUUCAGAUACAUUACUAUUAAGGAACACUUUGGAAAAGGAAAACUGCAUUGGUGCAAUUUUCAUUCUUACCAACAGGGUAAUGCAAAUAGAUGUGUAUGGACACGGGUGGCGCUGUGGUCUAAACCACUGAGCCUCUUGGGCUUGCCGAUUAGAAGGUCAGCGGUUCAAAUGCCCGCAAUGGGGUGAGCUUCUGUUGUUCAGUCCCAGCUCCUGCCAACCCAGCAGUUCAAAACCACACUAGUGCAAGUAAAUAAACAGGUACCACUGCGGCAGGAAGGUAAACAGCAUAUCUUCUUGCACCAGGUCAUUGAGGACCAUUUGCUUUUUAAAAUUCUCCCAUAUAUACAGAACUCCCUGUGUGCCUUUUGCAGACCCUCCAAUGGUCCCUAUUUUCCAGGAAUGGUCCCUGAUUUACAGAAGUCAUCCCAGUUUCUGAUUCAAUCCCAGAAUGUCCCACUUUUUUCUUAGGACGUCCCUAUUUUCACCAGAAAAGUGUUGAAGGGUGUGGAGUUUUCCGACCACCAUGCCAUCUGGAGGCAGCCUUGCAUAGGUUUUAAAAAAUGUUUUGUUAUGUUUUUAUAUAUGUUGGAAGCUGCCCAGAGUGGCUGCAGCAACCCAGUAAGAUGUGUGGGGUAUAAACAGUAAAAUUAGUAUUAUGGAAUAGAACACCUCUAUUUUCAUCGGAGAAAUGUUGGAGGGUAUUCUUUUGGACUGUUAUCUACAGGUUUCCCCCUCUGCUUCAAUAAUAUUUCAUUAUGUUCCUAUCAUUUUAUGUAAUUGUAUUUUGUAUAACACUGGUCAACAACAAAUUUGUUGUCUGCGUUUUUUCAGUUGAUUUAGGACGAAUCUGAUGCGCUGAAUCCCAAAAUCACAUUGGUUUUGCUCAAUCAGGUCAAGUUUUUGAGCUAUGGCCACAUGUCGUUUUUUACGUUUUUGUUCACAUGUACGCUUGUGUGGAGCAUUUUAGAAGAAGUUGGUGGGGGUAAAAUGCCAUGUCGAAUAAUUGUUUUGAUUGGAAAUGAUUAUUUUAAUGACAAGAAGUAUUCAGGUGCGAUAGUUCUGGGUGAUUAUGUCGAAAAGGGAUCAGUUUGAAGUAAUAAAACCUCGAAAUCUUCCAUAAAUUGGUGCGGCAAAGCAUAAAGUUGGGGGAUCAAAACUAAGUUAAUGGGGCUGCCCCACAAAGUAUCCUAAUCUUCAAUCAGCACGUCGUCCUGUAGCUCAUUGUGAUGAAAUUCCAGUUCCUAUCUUCGGAGAACUUCCUGACAUUAGUGAUGAAUUAGCCUCCAGUGUUGAAGGACAUGAAGAAGAAGAAGUGGUUCUUGAAGAUGAUGCUCCACAUCCAUUUUCCCAAAAGGAGUUGAAUGAUCUAGUUCGCGACCUCAGCUUGUCAAAGGGCUCUGCCGAACUGUUGGCAUCCAGAUUGAAGGAAAAAAACCUCCUCUCUGACAGUGCUCGCAUCAGCUUCUUCUGCAGCAGGCAUCAAGAGUACCUCUGUUUUUUCUUGGAAGAGAAGGACUUGGUGUACUGUGCAGAUAUUGCGCAGCUUCUGCUCAAGCUUGGAGUGCCACAGUACGAACCUAAAGAUUGGAGACUGUUCAUUGACAGCAGCAAGCGAUCAAUGAAAUGUGUUCUGCUACACAACGGCAACCAGUUUGCCUCUAUACCCCUGCCUCACUCGAGUACACUGAAGGAGAACUAUGAAGAGGUGAAGUAUGUGCUGGAGAAAAUUGGUUAUGUUCAGCAUAAGUGGUUUAUUUGUGUUGACCUGAAGAUGGUGAACUUUUUGUUGGGACAACAGUCUGGCUUCACCAAGUACCCAUGUUUUCUGUGCAUGUGGGAUAGUAGGGACCGUGCUCAGCAUUACACGAAGAAGGACUGGCCUGUGCGGGAGGAAUUGGUGCCUUGCAAAAAAAGGAACGUCAUCAAUGACCCUCUGGUGGACAGAGAUAGAAUACUCUUCCCACCGCUGCACAUCAAGCUCGGCUUAAUCAAGCAGUUCACCAAGGCUCUGGACAAGGAUGGUGACUGCUUCACUUACUUGUGCCAGGCUUUUCCAGGAUUGACCAUGGAGAAGUUGAAAGCUGGCAUCUUUGACGGUCCUCAGAUCCGUCAGCUCAUCAGAGAUCCAGAGUUUGGAAACUCAAUGAACGAAGUGGAACUGGAAGCGUGGAAGGCAUUUGUUCUGGUAGUGAAGAACUUUCUUGGCAACAGUAAGACCAGAAACUACGCAGAGCUUGUCAACAACAUGCUGACUGCUUUCAGAAACCUGGGCUGCAACAUGAGCGUCAAGAUGCACUACCUAUUUUCACAUAUGGACCGGUUUCCUGAGAACCUGGGUUCAAUGAGUGAUGAGCAGGGGGAGAGAUUCCAUCAGGACAUGAAAGAGAUGGAGACCAGGUAUCAGGGUCGCUGGGACGCAGUCAUGAUGGCUGACUACUGUUGGACUCUGAAGAGAGACCUCCCUGCUGCUGAGCAUUCCUGGAGUUCCAAGAAAGGGAAGUUCAAGCCCUGAAGUUUGAAAAAUGGUGAAGCAACAUGCAAUUUACGUGUACUUACCUUUAUCAAUGCCCACCAUUCAGUUUACAGUAAACCUGACCUGAUGGAGAGAAACGGAUGCCAUUUCCUGAUUCAGCAGUGCAAAAAUACCCGAAAUCAGUUGUAGAAAUCUAGACAACAUUCAAAAAGUAAAAAAUUGUUGCCCAGUGAAAAAAAAUAAAAAUAAAGCAUGUUUUGCAAAACAAAAUAUUUAAAAAGCUACCUUCUUACUGGUAGGACAGGGUGGGGAGCCACAGGAAGGAAACGAGGUCGGAAGGGGGCCAUGGUCGGGAAAAGGUUGGGAAACACUGAUCGAAUGGGGUGCCACGUUGAAUUCCUCCAAACGAACUGGGUCCAGCAAUAUAUAUUUUUUAAAUCGUUUUUAUUUGGUACCUUGGUUCUCAAACAACUUGGAACCCAAACACUGCAAACCCGUGCAAACACUGCAAAGUAAGUGUUCCAGUUUGCGAACUUUCUUCGGAAGCCAAACAUGCUCCAUUUGAGUGCCACACCUCUGUUUUGAGUGUUACGCUGAGGUCUGUCUGUUUUUACUAUUUAUUUUGCGUUUUUGUUUUUGCGGCUUUUUUGUUUUGUUUCUGUGACUGUGUGGAACCCAGUUCAGCUACUGAUUGAUUGAUUGUGUGACUGCAGUAUAUUGUUUAUUGCUUUCAUUUUAUGGAUCAGUGGUCUCAUCAGAUAGUAAAAUUCAUGUUAAAUUGCUGUUUUAGGGGUUGUUUUUAAAAGUCUGGAAUGGAUUAAUCCAUUUUUCAUUAUUUUCUAUGGGAAAGCAUGCCUUGGUUUUGGAACACUUUGAAUUUGAAACCGACUUCCAGAAUGGAUUAAGUUUGAGAACCAAGGUACCACUGCUCAAGUUUAUAACAAAAUCAAGUACUUAUCCAUAUAGAGAGAUUUCUCUGAAUCUCAACACACACACACACACCGCCAAUCCCCUCCAUGGAUCCUAUUGUCAAUGUUUUCAACUGCAAAUUAUUUCAUAAUCUAUAUUUCAAAUCUAACCUUGUUGUCCAUAGUAUUUGUUACAUUACAAGUGAGAUUAAAAUCCUGCUAAUCUUUUCAUCUGCUUACAGGGUCCAGCAAUUAAUAGGCAGGCUGUGCCGUUCUUUUGAGAUUGGGCAAAUUGACCCUAAACUUCACUUUUUCCUUCUUUCCUCCCCACAGAUGACAAAACAGGGAAUCUGUGGCUGAGAAACAUCUCACUCGCAUUCUCUGGGACGUAUCAAUGUCUUUCCUCCAACGAGUUUGGACAACAGAAAUGCGAGCUCACCAUUCAUGUGACAGGUGAGGACAGGUGUCUAGCUUUGUGUUUACCUGCUUGAGUGCCUGGCUGUUGUCAUGAGUUUGGCCACCUCAGUAAGCCUUAAAAAAAAUUUUUUUAGACAAAGUAAUAACAAUAAAUAAAUAAGAAUAAAAAUGUGCAGCCCACCACCAAGACCAUUCCAUUGUAACUAUCCAACCUUCCAAAAUUUCAACACUUCUUGGGAUGGUUUGACCCCUUUCCGUUUUAACAGUACAAAUUCUACAAAUAUCCUCCAUAACUCCUCAAAGUCAUUCCUCCUGCAUAUUCCCCAUCUUACCUUAAUGGCACAUGUUAUUUGAUCAUUAAUAGCUAUAUCCCACACACCUCAGUAAGCCAAAGUGAGAUACAGUCAAACCUCAAUUGUCGAAUGUAAUCCAUUCUGGAAGCCCAUUUGGCUUCUGAGAUGUUCGACAGCCGAGGUGCUGCUUCUGUUUGGUUGCAAGCUGUAGUAAAUAUAGGGGUUGCUCGUGCGUAAGUUGCCGCCACUCCUGGCUAGGUUGCCUUGUUAAACCUUUUCUGUCUGGACAGCCCUUCACUUCGUGGCUGUUUCAGUCGCUAGCAGAAUCUGUCAGUGGGCGUUUCUUAAACCUUUUCCAGCAUAAAAGCUGUUUGACGCCAAGUCUCCUCCUACUCUCCCUGCGCGGAAGUCUUCUGCGCAGGGAGGGUGUGGGUAGCGGAGGACCCGUACUCUCCCCGCUGGUCUCCGGCGAGGAGUCCUGGAACCCCCUCGCCGAUUCCCCCAUCUCCCUGGUGUUACGCUGAUUUCCUUCCCCAGCUGAUGAGCUGCCUCUCUCCCUGCUGGGCCCUUCUCCAGCAUCGCUUGGGAGGCUUGCCUCCACCUCUAGCUCCAAUGUCAGUUCCCUGACACAAGCAGUACUUUUUCUAUUAAAAAUGUUUAGGGGUACUCUAAUUUUCCUACUUAUAUUGAAAUAAUGCCCCUCAAUGAGGCCAAAAUUAGAGUCACAAAAUGUUUAGGGGUAUGCGUACCCCUGCGUCCCCCCAGAAAAAAAGCACUGGUUGCAAGAGCUUCCUGCACUCAAAUGGAAGCCACAUUGGAUGUUUGGCUUCUGAAAAACAUGCAAAACCCAGAGUAUUACACACAGUAUUUACUUCUGGAUUUUCGGCAUUCGCGAGCCAAAACGAUCCAAAAUGGAGACGUUCGGGAACCGAGGUUUGACUGUAUCACAUAGUGGUGAUUGAGAAACUGGGUGGGUGAUUAAGGACAUAAAAAGGUCCUUAAUGACCUGGAAUCUCUCUCCAGCCUUGGGAGUGUGGGACCUAUCAAAAUUUGGGGGAGGGGGUUGGAACUAGCUAAAAAGACAAAGACAUUGGACUACCUGAGGCGAAGGGUAACAGGAAGCCCUCUGCAUGCCACUAACAGAAACCAACUGGGCUGGCUGCUGAAUCUUAGAUCAAUAUGGGCAACAGGAUAGCACCCCUUUAGGGAACUACAUCAGAGGGAACUGCCAGGAGCCUACUGCUUCUUCUUCUUUUUUUAUUUUUUAAUUUUCAGUUUGUAGGAAUGUCGUUUUCAUUCAGAUAUAAUCAAUUUUAUACAUGUAUAGGAUUCGCUGAAUUCUUGGACCUCCCUCUGCUCCCCCAUGGUUUCCAUCUUAUAAUAUUUAUAAAUAAAAUAAAAUCCAAUUUUAUCCAUACAAUUAUUGCAUGACAAGUGUUAUGUCAAUCCUGCUAACAUUUCUAAAUGUUUACUCCGUUGUUCAAGGUAAUCUGUACAAAGUUUCCAUUCUUUGUUAAACUUCUUGUCUUCUUGGUUUCUGGUUUUCCUGGUCAGUUUUGCCAUUUUGGCAUAGUCCAUCAUCUUGAUUAUACAUUCUUCUGUGGUUGGAAACUUAUCUUCCUUCCAUCUCUGGGCAAAUAGCAUCCUCACAGCUGUCCAGGAGGCUACUGCUUCAGCCCCUAGCAUCUGAUGCCUGAGGCUGUUGCCUCACUUUGCCUAUUAACAGAGCCAGCCUGCGUUGGGGGUGGCACAUGGCCAUAUAAUGGCAUGUAACUUCUGAUAGCCAUAUCCUUCUUAUUUGGAAUAUUUGGGAUCACAGGGAGCUGCCUCAUACUGAGUCACAACAUUGGUCCACCUAGCUUAUUGUUGUCUAUGCUGAGUGACAGCAGCUGUCCAGGGUUUCAGGCAGAGCUAUCUCCUAGUCCUAUCCAGGGAUGCCGGGAAUUGAACUGGGAACCUUUUGCAUGGAAAGCAGAGGCCCCAUCACUGAGCUAUGGCUAUCCCUGCUGCAACACCAGCACAGCCUAGGAGAGACAUGAGGGAUGCAUGCUACCUUUGAGAAAGAUAAAUCCACUCGUGCUGUUUGACAAUAUAGACCCCACUUGUAAAAAGUCCUCCCUCUCUAUUUCAGGCAAAUCUUCAUGAGCUUGCAGUGCCAUCUAGUGACCAACAUGUAUCUGCAUUUAUUUAUUUAUUGAAAUGCGAUUUUUUUCCCAACUGUGUCUCAGUAUAGUAAGAAUCUGGGCUUGAGCCAAAGUACAAGAUGGGUCUUGUCUCUGUCUCCACCUACCAGUAUAUUGCAGGAUGUGGUUGAGAGAAAAAGAGAAACAGUAUACUGUACUCCAGCAUUAAUGUUCCCAGGUGUGCUGGGGGUAGAGAUGAGCAAAUCUAUCAGUUUAACUUUCCCUGGUUUUCAUUUUCUGUUUUGAAGUUCAGUUCUUCACAUUUCCUUUUUAAAAAUAAUGUUUAUUGAGUUUUUGAUAAUUUUAUACAUAUAAAACACAACCAUUUCAAACAAUAAAAUACAGGGGUUCAUUUGCACCUUCGGACCUCCUUCCCUCCCUCCAGGGGUUCCAUAUUCAAGAUUAAAUUUUCUGCAUCUUUUACCAUUAUCCAUCUAUUAUAUAACCAUAAUUACCAUAAAUAAUUCCACAUUACAAGUGUCCUUACAUCCCUUACAUCCCUUACAUGCCAAAGAUUUUAACUGUUUACAGUGGUCUUUUAAAUAAAUUUCAAAUUUACUCCAGUCUUUAGAAAAUACUUGUACUUUCUGGUUUCGGAACUUCCCCGUCAGUUUCACCAUCCCCACAUAUUCCAUCAGUUUCAUCUGCCAUUCUUCUUUCAUUGGUACUUCUCCUUCCUUCCAUCUCUGGGCUAGUAGCGUUCUCGCUGCCAUUGUUGCAUACAGUUCUUCACAUUUCCACACCACCUUUUUCUAAGUCCUGAUGAAAACUCACCCGAAAAUUCUCCUAAUUUUGUGUGUAAUUUGUCUAUGCAAUUUUGCCUAACGUAUAAGUUUUCGCAAAGCAACUUCCCCUGAUAGAAUUCAUUUUUGCAUGUUGUUUUUCAGUAAUAGAUACAUUCUUAUGCACACCUUAUCCCGGUAGAUGAAUUUUUGUAUGCAUUACAUAGCUGUAUCACUGCAUUGCAAAAUUUGGAGAAGUGAGAAUUUUGAAGGAUGCUCCGAGUUUGGCUGCCAUAUUGUUUCUGAAUGUACAAAUUAGGCAGAUUCACCUUGAAAUGUGAACUAAAUCCCAUUUCUCCCCCAUCCCUAGGGUGAGGCUGAGAGAAUAUGACUUAAUGGCAGUGCUCCAAGACAGUUCACUGCAGGUUGGAAGCAUAUCUAAGGCUGAGGGUGGCUUACAACAUCCCUGCUAUGUUACUUUUAUAUUAUGGAAGAAGGAGCUGAAAUUGAGAGAGUGAAUGGCAACCAACAGCCCUGCAAUGCGAUCUGGGUUUAUAGACAUGUGCCAGAAAGUGGAGAUAAGGAGUCAUUUGCUGCUUCUCUUAAUGUAACAAAAAUGUCUUGGGCUGGGACUGCAAAGAGAUCUGUUUUCCUUCAACAACAACUUCUUCUUCUUCUUCUUCUUCUUCUUCUUCUUCUUCUUCUUCUAUCACUCAUAGCCAAGUAAGAUUGACUUCCAUGAACACGGUUUAAACAGUGAGUCUGUAAGUGACUGUGGAGGCCAAUUCUGGACCCACGCGUCCUUCCACAGUGGGGACAUUGGUUUUGGGGCAGGAAUUGAUUGUGGUGAGGGUUUGCCAAACGUGUCUUCCUCUUAGCUUGUUUCUCCCUUUCGUCUUGAGUUCGAGCGUCUUCAAAGUUCAUGACACCUUUGGUAAAGGCUGUUCUGCAACUGGAGCACUCAUAGGCCAGUGAUUCCCAGUUGUUGGUGUUUAUGCUACAUUUUUUUAGAUUUGCCUUGAGAGUGUCUUUAAACCUCUUUUGUUGAUCGCCAGCAUUACACCUUCCAUUUUUAAGUUCAGAUUAGAGCAGUUGCUUUGAAAGACGAUCAUCAGGCAUCCGCACAACAUGAACAGUCCGAAGAAGUUGAUGUUGAAGAAUCAUUGCUUCAACACUGGUGAUCUUUGUUUCUUCCAGUACACUGGUAUUAGUUCGCCUGUCUUCCCAAGUGAUGUGUAAAAUUAAGAAAUUAUACAUGAUAUCUCACAUGACGAGCAUGAGAUCGCAGCCUUGCAUCUGUGUUAAUUAAUCCUAGACCUUUCACUUCCUGACACUAGAAAACGGUGGUGGGGAACCUGUAGCCUUCCAAAUAUUUGAACCCUUGGCAGGUCAAGUUUGGCUUGUGGGCCAGAGAUUCCUCACCUCUGCUCUAGUAGGCAGUAGGAGAACUAAUGUCUGGAAAUGACAGGGAAGCAGAUUUUGUCUAAACAUUGGGAGAAACGUCCUCACAGCAAGAGCUGUUUGACAGUGGAGCAGACAGACUGCCUUGGGAAGCAGCAGACUCUCAUUCGCUGGAGGUAUUUAAGCAGAUCCUGGGUGGGCAUCUGUUAGAUAUGCUGCAGUUGUGUUCUGCAAUGUGGUCUAAACCCCUGGGCCUCUUGGGGUUGCCGAUCAGAAGGUUGGCGGUUCGAAUCCUCACGAAUGGGGGAGCUCCCGUUGCUCUGCCCCAGCUCCUGCCAACCUAGCAGUUCGAAAGCACGCCACUGUGAGUAGAUAAAUAAGUACUGCUGUGACGGGAAGGUAAAUGGUGUUUCUGUGUGCUCUGGCUUCCAUCACGGUGUUAUGUUGCACCAGAAGCUGUUUAGUCAUGCUGGCCACAUGACCCAGAAAGCUGUCUGUGGACAAAUGCCGGCUCCCUUGGCCUGAAAGUAAGUUGAGCGCCGCAACCCCAUAGUCCCCUUUGACUGGACUUAACCAUCCAGGGGUCCUUUACCUUUUUACCUUUUCUACCUCUGCACUACAGAUCCUGCACUGCAGAGGGAGAAGGACCUCAGGUGCCUUGCAAACACUUUUAAUGAAUCUGAAUCCUCAUCUCAUGCCUAAAUGUGCAUUGAAAUAAAGAACAAAUUCAAAACAGGAUAGCUAAAAUAAUAGCUAGAGUGCAUUAGAGGAUCCUUUGUUUUGUUAAAAAAUAAUAUUUAUUGCUUUUAAAAGUUACAAAGAAGUAAAAAAGAAAGAGAAAAAAAAAGAAUGAAAGAAAAGAAGGAGAAAAACAAUACAAUAUAUAAACCAUACAAACCCACCCUAAGCCCACUAAACUAAACACAUAAACAAAGCAAAACAAAAACAAUUUAAAAACAUCCCUCCUUUUCCAUACUCUGUCCUUCAUUCCCUUGUUUCCUUGACUUCCUCACACCUCCCUUCUUGUAUCCCGCUUCUAAUAUUUGUUUCAGCAAAUCCUUUCCAUCUUUCUCUAUUUUCUGUCAUAUUAUGAAUAACAUAUUCUUUAACUUUAUUUCCCAUUAACGGUUAAUUACUUAUAUACACCCAUCUUCUUAUAGCAUUUCUGCUAAAUCCAUAAAAUAUCAUUCCACCGUUUUUCAGACAGUCAUUACUUUAACAAAAUUUCUAAAUAAACACUUUAAAUUUUCCAUUAAUCUUCCACUAUCUCCUCUCCCUGGCUUCGGAUUCUGCCAGUCCUUUCCGUCAGUUCCAUAUAAUCCAUCAUCCUGGUGCUCUAGUAUCCGAGGCUCUUAAAUCUCUUCCAAGUCCUUUCUGCAGGUCUUCUUCAUAUUCUUUGAUGCUCAGGAGCAAAUCUCGGGAAAACUCCAGCCUAGCAAUACUUUUGUUCCUUCUGGACAGUUCAGCCAAAUUUCCAAAGUUAAAAGUAAAGUCCAUAGAGUGUUUCGAAGCGUAUUUCAGGAUUCCUCCAAUUCUAGCGACCCCCAAAACUUCAAACUCCUCCAAGCCCAGGUCCAUGUCCCAAAAGUCAGUCAAUCCCUGGAUAGAGGGUUCUUUCCAACUUUCCUUCUUCAAUCUAAGCCGGGAUCCUAGCCACGAAAUUUGACUUUUGCUAGAUUCAGUCAUGAAAGACCUCAAUUUAUAAUCCUCGAUUUGCUUCUGAGAAAUUAAGGAUCCCGCUUGUGCUACUUUUGGUUUCACAUCAUCAUCAGCUUUCUCCACCAUUUCCAUCAUCAGCUUUCCUUUCUCCACCAUUUGUUCAACCAAGAUAUGUUCCGGUACCAAAUCCUGAGUUGUUUCUGUAUUAACACUCACGUUUUGAUUCAAAUUAAUCACGUUCUGUUCCAAGUUGUCAAUUUUAGAGAUCGUGUCAUCUGUCUUUUUAUGAAGCUGUUCCAGUGAGUAGUUUAUCUUGUAUAAUACCGUAACAAUGGCUUCUCCUAUCAACAUUUUGUGUGAUCCAAGGUCAGACUCUAUUUUUCAGAAUCUUAUCUUGCAGCUGAAGCUCUCCCUGUUACACUCCUGUAACAGUUUCACAUGCUCCCUCUAGAGGGAAACAGUCACCAUUUGUAUCAAUUCUUUCAAAACAACUCAAGCAGGUAACAAUAGUUUCAAUUUUCAGUUACUUCUCCUCCAUUUUUAAACGCAGAAGAGGACAAUGGAGACAGUACCUUUCUUAUUUUAGCUAGCUGUCAAAUCCAUUCUGUCAAUAAAUAUUCCCCGAAUGUCAUCUGGCAGCCCUUUUCCAGGUUCAGAGCAGUGGCGAUUUAAUUUGAACUCUCUUCUGCAGGCACACUAAAUCCAAAACUUCCCCUCUCUUCUCCUGCUUCCAAGAGGGGUUAUAUGUUCUUAUCCGGUAGGAAAUUAAUCCUUUAUCAAAAGCUUUCAAAGACUUUAGCUUGUAACGUCUUUGCUUCAAUCUAUUUACAAAACGGGAGGCGGACUUCCUGUUUAGAGCCUUCCCACUUCAGCGCCAAAUUAAAGUGUUUCAAAGUCCAAUUUUCCGUUCUACUCACGGGAUAGUUGUUUAAAAUCCAAUUGUCACAGGAAAAAGUCAGCGCUCUCCGGCAACAGCAAUGCGGCUUCACUCCGUGAAAGAAGCAGUCGAUUCAAAGCACCGCGCCGCUCACCCCACGUCGCUCCGGAUCCCCAAAACAGGGUUUCCCCGCGAGUAGGGGGGGCGCAAAUGGUGCCAGCCGAAUCCCAGGUUCACAGGCUUCUUCCACCUGUGAUUUCUAUGGGUCUCCGCCUUCACCGUGGCGGUCAGACCCUGCUUUUCACAGAGCAAAUUCCUCCCGGUCGGAGGAAUUCAGCCAUUGCUGGAGGCGCCUCCCCGGAAGUCUCCUAGAGUGCAUUAGAGGAUCCUUUGAAGGUAGUCAGGCAAUCUGGAGACAGAUAAAGUCACCUUUAAAAUGAAGUCAGGCCUUUCCAACAACUUUCUCCUGGCCCGCCUGCCUGCCUAUCUGCCUAUCUUUUGCACCUCUCGCUGUCAGCUUUCAACAGUUCCUACUGAAAUAACACUUUCCCACCUAUUCACCAGAUAAAUCCCUGAGCUAAAUCUGCUUCACCGAAUCUCUGUUUUGACACCCCAACGAUGUUGCUGUUAAUUCUUCAAGAGAAUUCUGGGCUCAGAGCCAGUUCUCAUCAAUGCCCAGGGCAUAAUAGGCAUUCGAUCAUAUUUCUAGGGAUAUGAAUUGUUGCAGCUGUGCUGAAGGUUGUCAUUAAAGUUAAUUUACGCUGGCUAGAAGUUACGUCUUUAGGGAAUUCAUUGUAAGAACUUUCUCCAUGAGAAGGUGCUUUAAAAAAACCAAACCUGUGCCAGCUGUGGAGUCAUGAUCCAUUUGCUUCGCACAUUACAGCUGCCUCUCCUUGGAUUAAUGCUGCUUAUGUGCAGGAUCUCACCUUUCCCUAUGCACACACCUUGUACACAGGAAAAUGUGAUCCUGUACAUGGGGAAAUGUGAUAUUUCCUCCAAAAUGCACAUCUAUUGAUACUGAAGCUGAGGCUCCAAUACUUUGGCCACCUCAUGAGAAGAGAAGACUCCCUGCAAAAGACCCUAAUGUUGGGAAAGAUGGAGGGCACAAGGAGAAGGGGACGACAGAGGACGAGAUGGUUGGACAGUGUUCUCGAAGCUACCAGCAUGAGUUUGACCAGACUGCGGGAGGCAGUGGAAGACAGGAGUGCCUGGCGUGCUCUGGUCCAUGGGGUCACGAAGAGUCGGACACGACUAAACGACUAAACAACAACAAUUGCUACCAACAGAAACAUGGCUAUGUGAGCGCCAUAGAAAGGUACAUAUUGGUCAUUGUCCAUGGCGUCAUGAACACCAAGUAACCAAGCUCUGUCCACCAUGCCUGUGCCAUUUUGUGAAAUUGUUUUCAGAGGUGCUUUGUUUGGGCUUUAAAGGUCAGCACCAACACCUUGAAUUGUGCUUGGAGACGUACCCAGGAGCCAAUGUAGGUCUUUCAGGACCAGUGUUAUAUGAUCUCUGCAGCCACUCCCAGAAUCCCUGCUCUCCUUCGUCUCUCAUUCUGCUGCAGCCUGAGAUAUCCACAAACAACUCUGGGAACAGGAGAAAAGAGUUCUGGGUGACUGAGUGUGAUUCUCAGUUAGAUUGGAAGCAUAUUUUUGGCAUACAAAUAAAUAAAUACCAGUGUUAUUUUCUUUUAAAUUAAGCAUUGCUGGUACUCACUGAUUGGUACCAGCGAGAUAUCUGGCCCAUUUGUGCUCUGACAGCUUUCCAGAAUGUGCCGGGCUUUGAUUGCCGCCUCAACGACUCACAUCCCGUUUUUCUGACUUGCUUCCUACUCAGGUCAGGUCCUUUCAUUUAAUUAGCUCUCAUUUCCGUGGGCAGAUUCCCCCCCCCCACUCGCUGGCUUCGCUUCUUGGCUGAACGGCGACUUAGGAGGAGAAAUUGGACGGCAUCUGGGAACGAUUGAAGGAUAAAAACACCGAGCAUACAUGCAGAGGGGUUUGAGGGUGCAGAGAGGAUGGUGGCAGAAAAAUGAGAUAUUAAUUGAAGGCAAGGAACUGGUUUGGUUUAGGAAGAUAGGAAGCUGCCUUCUACUGAGUCAGCCCCGUGGUCCAUCAAGCUCAGUACUGUCUACACUGGCUGGCAACAGCUCGCCAGCCUUUCAGGCAGAGAGCUCUCCAAGUCCUAGCUGGAGAUGCCAGGGAUCGAACGUGAGACCUUUGGCAUGCAAAGCAGAUGCUCUACCCCUGGGCUACAGCCCUUCCCCAGAAAGUGAAAAUGAAUCAUGGGGGGAAGCUGGAGAAAGGGCUCGAGAUAUAAUUAAAAAAUGAUACGAGAGACUUCUUAGGACUUGGAAGAGCCUCAAGAGAUAAAGUGGAAUUGGAAAACGAGUGAGGUCCCAGCUAAAGAAGAAUGGCAACUUAAGCUGAAGGAAUAUGCACAGCUUGCAGAGUUAACAUACAGUGGUACCUUGGGUUACAGACGCUUCAGGUUACAGAUGCUUCAGGUUACAGACGCUUCAGGUUACAGACUCCGCUAACCCAGAAGUAGUACCUCGAGUUAAGAACUUUGCUUCACGGUGAGAACAGAAAUGAUGCAGCCGCAGUGGGAGGCCCCAUUAGCUAAAGUGGUACCUCAGGUUAAGAACAGUUUCAGGUUAAGAAUGGACCUCCAGAACGAAUUAAGUUCUUAACCCGAGGUACCACUGUAUAGAAUAAGAGAGCAAAAGAACAUAUGUUUAGAGGGGACUGGAAAACGUUUAUUGAAUAUAUGGGGGGAAAUUGUGUACACCUGAAAACGUCGGCAGGAUUAAGAUAAAUUCAACAGAGUGGCUAGGGAAACCCAGCCAGAUGGGCAGGCUAUAAAUAAAUUAUUAUUAUUAUUAUUAUUAUUAAUCAGUUUUAAUGGAUGCAAUAAUGGAAUACUGAAUGGUUUAGUUUUUGUGAACUAUGCAGGGAUUUAUGAUAUGCAAAAUGAGCCAUGGAAAGAGAAGAAGAGAAGUCGCUGAUAUUUUAAGGAUGUUUAAAUGAGCAUUUUAAAUUGUAAAACAGAAAAUUUAAUAAAAAUGAGAGAGAGAGAGAGAGAGAGAGAAGCAGUCAGUGAUGGGCUAUACAGAACAAAGUAAAAUGUGAGUAAAUAAAUGCAUAUCAUAUCCUGAAAGAAACAGCUUCACUUCAGUUUCCAAAAAGAUUUCAAGGUUACCUGGCUGUUUCCUAUGAAGCAGGUAGCAGCAUCCACGGAGGGAGGAAAUUUAAACUGGGAAAAUGGUUUAGGAUUAACACCCUCCUUCCCUGCACUACAGCCCUGAUCAAAUUCUCCCACAAUCGCUACUGCAUUUGCUUUUAACUUUAAAAGUCAGGAGAUGAGGUCCAUCCUUCCCUAAGUCACAUCUUGUUGGGGCCCCCCUUCUGUAUCUUUCCGAUGCAUUUAAACAUAUUCUCUGUUUGGGAUCUGUGUGGGACCUUCUUUCCAAAAUAUGUGCAGGUUAGAUAGGUAGGUAAUAAUUUUAUUUGUGAAGCUAUAAGCCAUGAUGAAACAGGAAGAGCAUUCAACGGCCAACGAGGCGGUUUCUGCACGUGCCGCAGAGGGAAUCGAAGGAUAGAGGAGGUUUAUCAACCUGGGAAAGCAGCCCAUCUAGGAGAAGGAAAACUCUGAUCCUAAACCUCCACUGUCUUGCAGGAUAGCUUUGGGAGAAGAAAAGGGUGUGGGAAUGUUGAGGAUAGUAGGAGAGGAUAUAUUGAUUAAAUAUUAUCCUACCUCACUCAUGCAAGUGAGCUAGUAGCAGAGCACAUUCCCUAGCACAUUGCUGGUUGAUGGAUUCACUAGAACCAUUUGAGUUAAGCAAUCCAGUCUGACUUGUCUGGAUUGGAUUGUUCCUGGUAAAUCCCCUUUAGUUCCCUCUUAAGAACAAGAAUGACACAACAGUCUUCUUUUAAAAGUAAUGGUAAGGUUUACUUACAUUCAGUUCACAGUACAGUGGUACCUUGGGCUAAGAACUUAAUUCGUUCUGGAGGUCCGUUCUUAACCUGAAACUGUUCUUAACCUGAAGCACCACUUUAGCUAAUGGGGCCUCCUGCUGCCGCUGCGCCGCCGCUGCACGAUUUCUGUUCUCAUCCUGAAGCAAAGUUCUUAACCCGAGGUAAUAUUUAUGGCUUAGUGGAGUCUGUAACCUGAAGCGUAUGUAACCCGAGGUACCACUGUAUAGUCCUGAAGGCAGGCCUUAGCUUCUAGUUACAGUUACAGAGAAAAGUGUGGGUUCAUCCUCUGUGAGGGAUGAGCCCAUGCGCUGCUGGCCGAGAGCCAGCAGACAGCAAAAGGCAAACUGGAGAGAAGGGACCAAAAGAAAGAGGUGGAUGGCUACAUGACUGGCCCUUUUGUAGGGUCUGCUGGAGUCACACCCAUCUACCUGGUCACACGCAGGGGGAGGAUGCUCCAGACCAGGUGUGACAGGAAGUCCUCCUGGCUGAAGCAAUAUUCCCUUGUGUGUCCACUCUGGGCCAACAGGAAAUGUUGUAUUUGACUGCUUCAGUGAUGUUACAUCCCACAAAAGGCUAUGAUGUUUGCCCUACACAAAUCCAGAGUGGAGUCCCUAAGAGGGCUGGAUGAUGCCUUGUACGCCUCCUUCUAGAGACUCCUGCAGCCAAGCGAAUGCCAAAUGUAUUGCUCUGCUUUCCUUUGGACCACAUCAGCGAGGCCGAGAGGGGGGUCUUGUUGUCUGGGCAGCCCAGGACCUCCAUACAUGCUGCCCAGGCUGGUGCCCUGGGGAUGUCAGUUGAGUGCUGUUAACACAGCAGUUUGACUUCAACCCCGGCACACUCCAUCGUCUCUCAAGACAGAUGGAUGCAAAUUAAUUGGUCUGGGAGUGCACCAAUGUUGAUUGAAUCCCCAGCUUAACAAUUAAUAGGUUGCAUCAGAUUUCCGUUUUGUACGUUUCUUUGAGAUUUCUUUGAAUGGAAAGUGAUCAAGAAAUUUUCAAAAUAAACAGACUAACAACAUCUGGAGGGUCAAGGGUUCUUCACCCAUGCUUAAGUUGUCAAGAAAAGGUCCACGUUUUUAGGAUACUGGAAAUAAAUGAGCUGAGAACUUGUCUCUCCUUACAUCAGGGUAGGUGAAAGCAAGCAAGCAAGAAUAUCCUGAUAUUCUGAAAUUAAAUUAACGGUUUGAGGUUUCCAGCUCACAAGUCUAUUUUUGUUUCUCUCAGAUUUUGAGGAAGAAAAAAAAUCUAUAGGAAGUAGAGAAAGUAGGAUCUUCAGCAUCUUCAUGUUCAAAAUCCAUUUCUGAAAAUGAAUGGCUUAUAAAAGCAGAGCAGUUGGGAAGAGCCAUAUGGCGUGAAGCUGUGUCUUGAGCAUCUCCAUUGGCACCACGUGGUCAGGGAGUAUCUGAGAAAAAAAGGUUCUAGUAGAAGUGAAAUAGAAGUAGAGGGCAGCACAAAAAUAGGCGUUUGCAACACUUUCACGAGAGAGGAGGAUGUGUAAAAUAGGGGGAAGAGCUUUACAUGAUUGAGGCGUAAGAAUAGGUUUCCAGUGAAAUUAACACAGGAAGGUAGAAAAGGAAAUGUUUCUGGCAUGUGGAACUCUCUGCCACCAGAUGCAAGGAAGAAUAAUACAACUGAUUUUUUUAUAUAUAAAAAAACAGCCCUAUUCAGGCAUUCUAUGAGUUCAUACCAGGUAAAAUCUUAUCUUUUGUCCCAGGCAUUGGCUGGACUAUAAUGGUUUUGUUUUCUAUUAGGAGCAUGUUUUUGCUGCUAAGAACAUAAGGCAAGCCCCCUGGAUAAGGCCAAUGGCCCAUCUAGUCCAGUGUCCUGUUCUGACAGUGGCCGAACAGAUGCUCCAAUAGGAAGCAUUGGGGCAGCACUCUGUGAUUCCCUCCUCCUGGUAUUCAGAGGCAUAAUACUGUUUUAUUGGGUCUGUCCUACUGGUUGUUGUACCCCUUGCAUUGUACAACGAUUUUUUAUUUUUUUCAGAUUUUGUUGUGCUUUUUCCUCUUAAAAUACCGCAAGUUGUUUGGAGACCGCUUUGUGGAAAGCAAUUAAUAAAUAGACUAAACCGUUAAGAUUUUUGUGCCGCUGCUGAGGACUGAAGCCUUGUGUUUUGUGUCUCUCCCUAAAACAGGCACUGCGGAAGCUGGAGUGAUUGCAGGAGCUGUCAUAGGGGUCCUCUUAGCGCUUCUGUUGCUCUGUGGAAUAGUCCUCUGGUUCUUACGCUUUAGGAAGCAGAAGGAGAAGAAGAAGACCCAAUCCAUAUACAGCGGGAAUGAAAUCAGGUUAGAGUGGCUUGCCUCAAGGUCCCCUUGGUUCUAAGCAAGCAUCAUUUGCCAACUGAUCCUUAAAAGAUGCAAAAACAAGGAAACCAGGAGCUAAAAGCGGCCUUCCCCAACCUGAUGCCCUCCAGAUGUUGUAGAAGACAACUCGCAAGUGCUGGCUGGGGGUGAUGGGAGUUGUAGUUCAAAACAUCUGGAGGACACCAGGUUGGGGAAGGCUGGCUAAAGGUCAGAAAUCCACAGAGGCCUGUUGACACUAAGGCUAAUUUAUGCAAUGCCAUCAGUCUUCCCCCUUACCACUAUUAUGGCACGAGGUCUGAUUCAACAGGUAGUUUGAUAGCUCUGCAAAUCAGAUAGAUUAUCUGAAGGUGCAGUGAAGGAGGAGAAGCCUCCCUUCCCAAUUCCUAGGUCCUGUUGAGCGGCAAUUAAAAAAACAAAAGUGAUGUUGAUCAGACAGGUGCAAGGAGCUUCUGGUUUAGUUAAUUUCAUACUGGAAGGAAACUUUAAAAAAAGUAAUUUAAAAGUCUUUUCCACUAUUGUCUGUUUGCUACCCAUCUUGACUUUUCAAGGCAUAGGAUAUAAAAGAUAAAAAGCUUUCAAUGCAGUCUACUCCACUUAAUAGGCUACAAUAGGGGGAAAUGUGACCAGCUGAUGUGUGCACCUGCUCAGCCUGCUAUUCAGGAUCUAAAUGUAGAGAAAAGUUGGAUUUCAUGGAGAGAAAUCCAUGUAUUUCAUGGAUAGGGGAGCGGGUGGCGCUGUGGUCUAAAUCAGAAGGUCAGCAAUUUGAAUCCCUGCGACGGGGUGAGCUCCUGUUGCUCUGUCCCAGCUUCUCCAACCUAGCAGUUCGAAAGCACGCCAGUGCAAGUAGAUAAGCAGGUACCACUGUGGUGGGAAGGUAAACGGUGUUUCUGCGCACUCUGGCUUCUGUCACGGUGUCCCGUUGCACCAGAAGUGGUUUAGUCAUGCUGGCCACAUGACGACCUGGAAAGCUGUCUGUGGACAAACACUGGCUCCCUUAGCCUGGAAGCAAGAUGAGUGCCACAACCCCAGAGUCCCCUUUGACUGGACUUAACCGUCCAGGGGUCCUUUAAGGUAAAGGUAAAGGGACCCCUGACCAUUAGGUCCAGUCAUGGCAGACUCUGGGGUUGCGGCGCUCAUCUCACUUUCUUGGCUGAGGGAGCUGGCGUACAGCUUCUGAGUCAUGUGGCCAGCAUGACUAAGCUGCUUCUGGCGAACCAGAGCAGCGCACAGAAACACCGUUUACCUUCCCGCCGGAGUGGUACUUAUUUAUCUACUUGCACUUUGACGUGCUUUUGAACUGCUAGGUUGGCAGGAGCAGGGACCGAGCAACGGGAGCUCACCCCAUCGCGGGGAUUCGAACCGCCGACCUUCUGAUAGGCAAAUCCCAGGCUCCGUGGUCCAACCCACAGUGCCACCCGCAUCCCUUUACCUUUACCUUUUUUACCUUCAUGGACAGAGCACAUGUUUUGCAUGAGAAAGGUCCCAGGAUCUCUACCAUCUCCAGCUAGUACUGGGAAAGACUCUUGCCCUAAACCUUAGCAAAUUGCUGCAAAACCUCAGUCAAGUAUAAUUGUGCAGCCUGAAUUCACUGGCAUCUCACUUGAAAAUAGUGACCGUCUGGCUGAUGCUGCCUGCUUCAAUAUCUCCUCUUUUUCCCUUCUUCUCUCCUAAAGGGAAGAUGCCACAGCUCCAGGAAUCUCUGAGGCCUCUCUGCAGGGAGAAAGCCAGCCAGAAAAUCAUCUUCUGGAAAACGUAUCUAGCAGGCCUGCAUCUACUACCAGCACUACCAAAUCCCAGCUCAAGAAUUUUCUUGUCUAAGCUUACUCUGUGACUGUGGGGUUGGUUUGUUGUUGCUUUACAGCAUUUUGUUUUACUACACAAAGAACAUUUCCUCUGAAGAUGUUUAGGACAUCCUUCAAAGGGUGUCCUAAACUGCCCCUAAUCUGCUUGCUGCAUUGUCAAAACUUGAAUUAGAUUUCUGAGAGCUCCUCCCGAGGAGAGGUGGUGGAGAAAUUCUCUUCAGUUUGCAUUUCAACCUACCUUGUUUUCACUUUCCAAAACAAGAUGCAAACCGAGACACAGCCAUCCUUUGAAAUUCUCAUGUCUCUGAAUUUUGCAAGGUCAUUCUCCAGCAAAGUAACGUGUACAAAAAAUGAAUAUGCCAGGGUAAAGUACAUCUUUGUGAAAAUCACAUAUGAAAAUGCAUCAUAUUGUCUUGCAUUGUAUUGUCUUGCAAAAAUGUUUCUACUAGGCAAAAUUGCAAACAAAAAUAUGUAUAAAUCACACUAAAAUGCUGGUGAAUUUUCAUAAUAACUUCUAGCUACUUCCUUCAGGAGCUGUGGUUCAACUUCACUUGCCCCCUUCUCCAGUCAGAGUUUUUAAUGUAGUUUACUACGACUCCUCAAGCUUCCCUGCUAGGUAGCACUGAACACUAGCUUUUCUAUGGACUUCCUACCCUUUGAAUUUAGCUCCUGUGUUGUGAAUUUUCACAGGACUUGGAGACAGUGACCUUACACUGCUGUGCAAUCUGCUGUAGCUUUCCAGCUGGACUACCUGAUCUGCGCUCGAAAGUAGUUCCUUUGGAACAUGGGAGCCAGACUUAUUUUUAGCGUGAAAUGCGGGGAGCAUUUAAAUUUUGAUUCUGUAUUUGUCCAUUUGUUUCCGGGUUCCUUCUGCAUCCCUUUUGGGAACAGCCUUUUUUUUUCAUCCUGAGGGCUGCAUCUGCUUCUAGGCAACUUUCUGAAGGCCACAUGCUGGUGGGUGGAGCCAGAAUCAGAAGUGAGUGGAGCAAUAAAUGCUAAUGGACCAACCACCCGCCUCUAUCCUCCAUACAGUCUAACAAGAGAUAUUAUCAGAGUUCAAGGGCACAGUCUAGCCAGUCAUAUGCCUUCAAGGAGGAUGCAAAGCAGGGCCAUUAAAGAUGUAGCCAUGGAGAGGGGGGUGUUAGCCUGGGGAGAGUUCCAAGGGCCACAUGGAGAGACCUGGAAGCAGUGGCAUAGCGUGGGGGUGCAGGGGGGCCAGCCGCACCGGGCGCAACAUCUGGGGGGGUGCGCUCCACGGGUUAGGGGGCGCAAAUUACUUGCCUUGCCCCGGGUGCUGACAACCCACGCUACGCCACUGCCUGGAAGUCUGCCUUUGGCCCUUGGACCAAAGCUUCUCCAUCUUUGUUUUAUGGUCUUAGUCCAGGCUAUUUGAGAGAGUGCCUUCUCCCAUACGUACCUCUCUGCUCUUUAAGAUGAGUCACUGAGACUCUUCUGGUCGUUCCCACAGUGUAUUUCACUGACAAUGACUUCCAAUCAGGCUUUUUCAAUGAUGGCUCCUAAGCUUUGGAACUUGAAACAGGUUCAUGCUGCAGGAUGCCAGAUAAUCCAGGAAUUUUCUCCUUUAAAGCACACUGUUAAUAUGUUUUUGUUGUAUUCAUAGGCUAUUUAUGGUCAGGUUCAUGCGUCAAUGCUCUUGAUUUCUCUCAUCGUGUGUUUCCACCACCAUUGUUCUGAUUCUAUAUUUUGUGUUGUUCCUUUUUUAAAAAAUCAUUUCCUUAACAUGAAGAUUGUUGCAUGAAGAGUGAGUUAACCAAGCCCCACCCCCCCAAAAAAAAUAAACAAUGGGUGUCUUGUUGUAUUAAGCCCCAUAUUUCUAAGACUGAACAACCCUAGGCUUUAUCCUUGGCUUUAAGUCUAGACACGGCUGCCCAAAGUAUCCCAGUUUUGGGGAUUCCCCCCCCCCCAGAGCUGCUCAGAAUCUCUCUUCUUCAAUGUGUGCCCCUGCCAAAAAAUGUGUCCAGGCAACCCAAACACUUACACACACACACACACACACACACACACAGCUCAAACCUGUUGCCAGCAUCCACUGUGCACAAAUUACUUUUACUUAUUUUUAGAGAUGUCAGCUGAUAAAAGAAAUCUGAAUGGUUUCGGUUUUAGUCUAGAGAAGAUCAGUUCUAGAGAGUAUGCCAGAGGAGCUGCUACUUCCAGAGUCAUGCUGCGUACACACCAGCCAGGACAAAACAAGAGCUUUUAACAUGUUAUUCUCCUUGCCCCAUUGUCUGAUGUAAAUUAUAGGGCACCUCCUGUCGGUGGUUUACCCUUCGUUGGACUCCCUGCAGACGGGCAGGAGUCAAGAUAUAGCCUAGCUUCACCCCAGUGUCUAAACCAAACUCCUCACAUCCGUAACCAAUAAAGUUGCAGCCUAUUUGAACCCAUAAA